GAAGGACACUUGAAUGCGCUGAUGCAUGUACAGGAGGCCACGGAAAAUAUUCCUCUCAUUCAAGAGCAACUCCGCCAACUCUGUGAAUUGUCACUGGCAGAUAUUGACACGUCUACGCCCCAGGUCUCAGACCAGGCGACAGUGGAUGAGGAUUUUUCGGAGACUCAGGCCGCGCCAACAGUGCAACAGCAUUGGGCACCUCAAUACCCAACGCAGACAGGGUUGACACCCACCUUCCAGUUACCUGACAAUGAAAGAUUCGGUCUAAUAAAAGGCGAUACUAAUGUCUUAGAAUAA